AUGCCGAACUGUGCCCACCCCCGCUGCGCCAACAAGCUCACCAAGCCCGAGAUUCUGCGUGUGGCGGAAAUGUUCCCCAAGAUCCGCGCCGACUGCAUGAAGGUGAUCAGCCAGAUGCCAAAGUGCGAGGAGGACAUCUACACGCGCAAGGAAGAGCUUUCGGUGGCGUGCUCGGUGCAGGGCCCUGACCUCGUCAACGGCGUCUUCCAGCUUCAGCGCAUGACUCGGCAGCGUGACUCGACGGCCGUCUACCUGAUGACGGAGAAGGAGAAUGAAAGGGCCAAGUAUCAGCCGGUUGAUCUGCACACCUGCGCCAAGAAGCCCAUCAAGGAGAUGACCCUACCGGACAAGGUGCACCUGGUCAUCGACGUCGACAAUUUGCUGUCGAAGCGCCGC